AUGGCCACCCCACGGUCUGCAGCAACUGCAGAGUCUCUUGCAAUCUUAUCAGAUGCAGUCAACCAAACACUGAUUGACACUGGACGCUUCUUCAAAAGCUCCGGGUCUUUGCAAAGCCGCGCACAGCUCAAGGCGUCCAUUCCUGCCUCAUAUCAGAGGUUCCAGACGGCCUUGGACACACUGACUGAACAGAUUUUUAUUGCAAAAGCAUUCUUGGAAAAGGACUAUGAAAAUGUUACUGCGAGGAGGCUGGCGCCAAAGCCACAACCCGAGCCAGCACCUGCCACUGCUUCUGCACCUCCGCCAACCGAAGAUAUCGCCAUGCCAGAAGCAGCCGCUCCGACUGUGGGCGAGCAGAUUCAAGAGACUGUUGAGAAGACAGAGCCGAUAGAAAACCCUAUCAAAACAGAGCCUGCGGCAAUACCGGACUCCGGUAUUUUCAAUGAACAAGCGAUAGCCAGCACCGAACCCGUUACUGCAACCACCACAGCGGAACCUAUUGCAGCUUUAAAAAUGGAUGAAGCGGCCGACAAAAACAUUCAACAAUUGCCAGUCAGCAUGGGAGACGAGAUGAAUUUCGAUCAAAUGCUUGCAACAACAAGCCAAGCUCCGAAUGAUUUUGAUUUAAGCUUCAACUUCACUAAUGACGAGAUUGGAGAUCAGAAUUUCCUUGCAGGGGCAGACUUUGGCAAUGCGAAUUCUGCAUUGGGCGGAGAUGCAAACAACGAUAAUGAUGCCAAUGCUAUAAGCUCGCUACUUCCGGGUCUUGAGAGCUACGCUUCAAAUAAUGGCGGCGAUAGCUUCAACUUUGAUCUACCAAAAUUAGGGGAACAUGGAAAUGGCGGUCACGAUGACUUGAUGGCGCCAGGUGAAUCAAGCUUUGAUGAUCUAUUUUUGGAGAAGAAUGAUCUGGAAGGUGACGAUGCUUUGCUUGCAGGGGGAGAAUUGAUGGACUUGGGAGAGCUGGACGAUUCUUGGCUUAACUAG